AUGGUGGGGACCGUGGACUUCGUCCCCGCCGACGGCACCGACCCCGCCCCAGAGCAGCCCCGGAGGCCUACGGCCGGCGCCGGCAUACUCGGGCACCUGGUGAAACCCCCUGGAGAGGAUCCGUUCCCGGGAUGGCCGAACCACCUCCUGGGCGGCCACUUGCAGGGAGGGGCCUGGUUCGGGCUGAUGAUGUUCGGGGGCGCCCGCUGGAAGGGGUUCCCCCACUGGCUCCAGUACCUCCUGGUCUUCUUCUACCUCCUCUCCGCCCUGGUGGCCUUGGACCUCCCCAUCCUCCUGGCCUAUGCCCUGGCCCCACUCUCACGGGGCAAGGGCCCUCUGCGCGGGAACGAACACCCGCGCCCCUUGAAGGACUCGAGGCCGGUGCGGGGAGGGCCCGCCUCGGGCGGGACCACGCCCAACAAGUUCUUCCAGGACUGGAUCCGGGCCCGCGGGAGGCACUCCAGCCGCCGCCCGCAUGAGCUGCUCGCCAUCAUUGAGGAGGGAAUGGUCCGGAUGCAGCGGAAGCCGGGCUCCACGCUGCCCGCGACGCGGAAGGGAGGGCAGGUGUACCUCUACGGUGCAGCGCUGCACUGUGCGGAUCCCCCCCUCCGUCAGCGGCUGGAGAACGCUCGGGAGCGCGCCGUCUACCUGGCGCGGGAGUGGGAAGCGGAGAUCCCCCCAGCCAUUGUGGCGGUCAGCUACCACUACACCGGCGUGGAGGAGGGGCUCGUCCUGAGCCUGGAGGAGGCUCUGCCCUAUCAAGGCUUUCUCCUGGCCCUCGCCUGCCUCCUCGGCCGCGCCCUCGGGGGCGCCCACCGACUCCUCUGCUCCAUGUCCCGAGCCAUCGGGCUAGACCUGCCGGGGGCGUGGUGCUGUCGCGAGAGGAGAACGGCAGCCGGAGCGGGGAGGCCCCGGGAUCGCCAGCUCGAGUCGGAGAGCGAGGGGCCCACCAUCGGGACGUGUGGUGGGGACCGCUUGGGCUGGCGCCAACCCGGAAGCACCCUGGGCACCCUCGGCCUCCGCGCCCCGUGCCCGGAGCCCCCGGACGAAGUGUUCACCCUCCUCCUGGUCGAGGACGAACCCCAGUCGGACAUCACCGGAUGGGAGCGGCUGAGCGGGCGCGUUCUGGCCCCCCUAUGCGCCCGGCACAAGCGCAUGUACCGGCUUGCCCGCCAGCACCUCCUCUGCGCCUUCGCGGGCUCCCCCCCGUGCGACGAGAUCGGGACCCUGCAGGGACUGCCAGCCUCCUCGAAGGAGGUGGUCUUGCUGCUGAACUCCCGGGAGUUGGACCGAUGGCGCCAUCGGAGUGCCCGGCGCAUGGACGAGGAGCCCGGCGCCUCCCGCGACCCGUCGGGGGAGCCCUCGGCGGUGGUCUGGCUCCUCGAGGCCCGCCUCUCCGCCAUCCAGGACGGCGUUGGAGUGGAGGCCGCACUUGAGGCGGCCCAGGAUUACUACGGCGAGGACCCGGACACCUGCCAGGCGUUGGUCACUCCGUGUGCGGAGGAGUUGGAGGCGACCGCCCUCCGCAACCCCGCCUCACUGGAGCGGGAGGAGCAGGCCGCCCUCGACAAUCUCUUGCGGCACGUCCGCGAGAAGCGCCUGCUCCAGAAGAGGACGCGCCGGGGCAGGGGGGAAGGGCAGGCGGGGAUGCUCACUGACCCGAACACCCGCCUCUUGGUUCAGCACCUCAACCUCUCCGAGCGCAUGGAGGCCGACGACUCCAAGAAUGUGGAGGGCCCCCUGGGCUACCUCAAGAAGACGGAGUGCCGGCUGGCGGUCUACACCGCCCGGGGGUUCAACGCCUUCUACGUCGCCCUUUGCCCGGGCCUCGUCGGAAGGGAGCUGUGCGACGCAGCCCGGAGGGGAGGAGACGGACGCUGGAUGAUCAUGCACGAGGGAGGCUGCCCCAUCCUGGUCUUGAACCGGAUUGCCUACGCCAUCGCGGGGGGCUUCUGGGGGGGCCGCGACCUGGAACGGAUGGCCAAGUGGUCCCUGGGAGCAUCAGACUUCCCGCGGACCACUCGGGAGGAGUUCGAACGGUUCAUCCCGCACUCGGACCCCACCCACAUGGAGAAGCGCCCCGCCUGGACCAAGAUCCUCGCCGUCUGGACCGACCAGGCCCACCGGAGCAUCACCACCUUCUGCCUGUUCUACGGCCAAGACCACGAGAGGGAGAGGCGGGACGCCUUGAGGAGGCUGGUGCAGCUCAACCUCGAUGACCCCAACCAGUGGACGGAGGGGGACCUCUUCGCGAUCUGGGAGGAGCUCCACUGGGACUGGUGGGACGGCAUCCGACUGAUCGCCCAGCGGGCCUUCCACGACCUCAGGAACCAGAACCCCACCGAGGAGGAGUUCAGGCUCCACCUCCUGGAGGGGCCGGGAGGCCAGCCGCGAUUCCAGAUGCCCCUCUCCUUCCAGCUGGACCACCCCAACGGGUUCUUUCGGGCCCAG